AUGGCGCCAGCAACGCAAUACGAGCUCUCGCAACCGCCGAACGAUGCGGUAUCCUCGCUAGUCUUCGCGCCCGACUCGCCGUCGCGGCUGCUCGUAUCCUCUUGGGACAAGAACGUCUACCUGUACGACACGACAUCCAGCGGUGGCGGCGGCGACGAGAACAGCACAGGCGAGGACCAGCACGGCACGCUGGUGCGGACGUUUGAGCACCGCGCACCGGUCAUGGACGUGUGCUUCGGAGCGAGCGACGACGAGGCAUUCACCGCUGGCAUGGACUGGCAGGUGCUGCGGAUCGACUUGAAUAGCGGCGAGCAGAGCGUCGUGAGCAAGCACUCGGCGCCUGUGCGGAGGGUGGUGUACAGUCGGCAGCAUUCUCUCCUCAUCUCCGCCUCCUGGGACAGCACACUGCACGUGCACAACCCAACCAACGCCUCUCUCGCACCCCUCACAAUCCCACUCCCGGGCAAACCUCACGCCCUCGCCGCCAGCCCGUCCAAGGUCAUCGUAGCCAUGACGUCGCGCCUCGUGCACAUCUAUGACCUCGCGACCCUCUCCGCUGCCCUGACCAGCCCCUCCGCCUCGGACCCGCCGCAGCCCUGGCAGCAGCGCGAGUCCUCCCUCAAGUUCCUCACGCGCGCCGUGGCCGCCAUGCCGUCGGACGCCGGGUACGCCACCUCCAGCAUCGAGGGCCGCGUGGCCGUCGAGUGGUUCGACGCGAGCGCCGAGUCGCAGGCGCGCAAGUACGCCUUCAAGUGCCACCGCCAGGCGCAACAGACCGCCUCCGAGGACGGCGCAACCGACGUCGUCUACCCCGUCAACGCGCUGGCCUUCCACCCGGCGUACGGCACCUUCGCCAGCGGCGGCGGCGACGCCACCGUCGCCCUGUGGGACGCCGCCGCCAAGCGCCGCAUGAAGGUUUACCAGAAGUUCCCCGACAGCGUCGCCGCGCUGGCCUUUUCGGCCGACGGGAAAUGCCUAGCCAUCGCCGUCUGCCCCGGCUUCGAGACCGGCAUGGAGGAUUACAGCGGCGAGGGCCGCACCAAGAUCCUUAUCAGGGAGUUGGGCGAGUCGGAGGCGCUGCCGAAGGGCACGGCGCCAAAGGGCAAGGGGAAAUGA